AUGCAGUACAACAACGUUUUUCACAAUAAUUCGAUGUCAAGGCCUGAUCGGGGUGACCAACAAUACAACAAACAGUCCAACUACUGGUGUGGUCCCCCCCAACAUCAGAUGGCCCCAGUUCAAGAUUUUGGUGGUCCCAAACCACAGUACAACAAGAAAAUGCAGUCUCAAGAUGAAAUCCAGCUGACUCCUCCCGAAUGGACAGAGGCUGAUCUCCAACCCUUCCUGAAGAACUUCUAUGAACCCCACAUCAAUGCUAAAAACAGAACACAAAAAGACAUUGAGCAGUACAGGGAAGUCAAUGACAUCAUUGUCAGAGGAAAUGACAUUCCUCAACCAAACUACUGUUUUGAGGAGGGCAGCUUUCCUGACUACAUCACCCAGAUUCUUCACAAAGAGGGGUUCAAUGAGCCAACUGCCAUUCAAUCACAAGGUUGGCCUGUGGUGUUGUCCGGCCGAGACCUGGUCGGCAUCGCGCAGACCGGCUCGGGGAAGACCCUGGCCUACAUGAUCCCGGCCACGGUGCACAUCAACCACCAGCAGAGGCCGCAACGAGGCGAGGGCCCCAUCGCGCUCAUCCUUGCUCCAACCAGGGAAUUGGCGCAGCAGAUACAGAAGGUGGCGCACGAUUUCGGGCAGUCGACGAUGAUCAGGAAUACUUGUAUUUUCGGGGGGUCGCCGAAGGGACCGCAAGCGAGAGACUUGGAAAGGGGAGUGGAAAUAGUGAUCGCCACUCCGGGACGUCUGAUCGAUUUCUUGGAGAAGGGCACCACCAACCUCGCGAAAUGCACGUACUUAGUGCUCGACGAGGCCGACAGGAUGUUGGAUAUGGGCUUCGAGCCCCAAAUCAGGAAGAUCAUCCAGCAGAUCAGGCCCGACAGGCAGGUGCUCAUGUGGUCGGCCACGUGGCCCAAGCAGGUGCAGGCUUUGGCAGAAGAAUUCUUGGUCGAUUAUGUACAGGUUAAUGUGGGAGGUCUGUCGCUUUCUGCUAAUCACAACAUCAAGCAAAUCAUAGAAGUUUGCGACGAAUCUGAAAAGGAAGAGAAACUCAUCAAGCUCUUGAAAGAGAUCGGUUCCACCAGGGAAAACAAAAUCAUUGUGUUUGUGGAGACCAAGAAGAAGGUGGACGACAUCACGAAAGUGGUGAAACGCGAAGGCUUCGCCGCCAUCUCGAUCCACGGCGACAAAUCCCAACCGGAGCGCGACUACGUGCUGAACGAAUUCCGAUCGGGCAAGUCGUCCAUCUUGGUGGCCACCGACGUAGCAGCCAGAGGAUUGGACGUGGAAGACGUCAAAUACGUCAUCAACUUCGACUAUCCGAAUUCCAGCGAGGAUUACGUCCAUCGGAUCGGCAGGACGGGGAGGUGUCAACAAGCCGGCACUGCCUACGCUUUUUUCACCAAUAACAAUCAGCGACAAGCCAAGGAUUUGAUCGCCGUACUCGAGGAAGCUGGACAAAACGUACCCCCGGCGCUAAUGGAACUGGCUCAGAGCGCCAGGAACGUUCAAAAUGGCCGCAACAGAUGGCAGAAUCGGAACAAAGACAACUCAUCGCCCAACGGACAGAUGUCGAAAACCUGGACGAACAGCUCAAAAAUGUUCAACAAUGGCGGCGACUUUAGGCAGAACAACAUGCCGAGAAUGAACCAGAACGGCGGCAACAGAAACGACGUCGUGCAGCGGAACCCGAGGAACAACUACAACAACGGAUUCGGCUAUCAGAACAACCAGUUCCAGAACGGACAGGGGUACCAGCAGUCUUACAGCCCUCCCAACAUGUACCAGCAACAGAACAACGGGUCGACGAGAACUUACGGCAACAACCCUCGCAACAACUACAACAACCAGCGGUACAACAACCCGCGCCAGUCGUACCACCAGGGCCCGGCGAACGCCAACAUGUACCCGAUGCCGCCGCCCUACAUGAUGCAGUCGGCGGCGCAGGGCGGGCCGGACAGCAUCCAAUCGCUGAUCAGCCACAAGUUCUUCCAGAGCCGCGGGCUGCCCAACGCUGCUAAUCCUUGCGGGUAUCAGUCGAUGGGACAGGGACAGGCGGCCGCACCCUACAAUCAGUUCGCCCAGCCUGUACAGUACACGUAUCAGUACACUCAGCCUACGACGGGAACGGUGCAGCAAUAAGUUUGUGA